ACAGUUAUAGUUUUCUAUCCGAAGCGCUCAGUGCCGCCUGCGACGGACACAGCUACCUAGGUAACCGUCGUGGUAACCUACCACUACCACCUCACUCACUCACUCACUCUCGCUCUCUCUGUGCGCGUUGAGAGCGCGAAAACGCUGAAUUCGAAACCGACUCGACCCAACGAGGCAACCGUAACGAAGGCAGCCGAAAGCUCGCUGGGUGAUCUCCUCGAUCUCUGUUCACUGCGAUCGCUGCGCCCGCAGUUACUACUAUUUUUUUCGUGUGCAUUCCUGAAACAGAAACUGAAGAGUAAUGGUGGACAACGUGUGAGCACUGCCAGCCAAGCCAGCAUCGAAUAUAAUCACCGCCAGAAACUACGACAGCGCUUAGCCAGCAGCUUAGAGCCGGAGCCAGAGCUAAAGCUAGAGCACCUGCAGUGUAGUGUCCAACCAUAUCCCCAUUUCCCGUGUGGUUCGUGUGUGUGUGCGUGUGUGCCUGGUGUAAUCAAGUCCAAGUCCAAGCCAAGCCAAGUAGGCCAGAGACGCCGCCAACAUGUUUGAUGUCUUUGGGUCCGUCAAGGGCCUGCUGAAGAUCGACCAGGUGUGCAUCGAUAACAAUGUAUUUCGCAUGCACUACAAGGCCACGGUGAUCAUUCUGAUUGCCUUCUCGCUCCUGGUCACCUCGCGUCAAUAUAUCGGUGAUCCGAUUGAUUGCAUCGUCGAUGAGAUACCACUGGGAGUGAUGGACACCUAUUGUUGGAUCUACUCUACGUUCACUGUGCCGGAGCGUUUGACCGGUGUGACCGGACGGGAUGUGGUGCAACCCGGUGUCGGUUCACAUGUGGAGGGCGAGGAUGAGGUGAAGUACCACAAAUACUAUCAGUGGGUGUGCUUCGUCCUCUUCUUCCAGGCCAUUCUCUUCUAUGUGCCCCGUUACCUAUGGAAAUCCUGGGAAGGCGGUCGCCUCAAGAUGCUGGUCAUGGAUCUGAACAGUCCCAUUGUGAACGAGGAGUGCAAGAAUGACCGCAAGAAGAUCCUUGUCGAUUACUUCAUUGGCAACCUGAACCGGCACAACUUUUAUGCCUUCCGUUUCUUUGUCUGCGAAGCCCUCAACUUUGUGAAUGUCAUUGGCCAGAUUUACUUUGUCGACUUCUUUUUGGAUGGAGAGUUCAGUACGUAUGGCAGCGAUGUGCUGAAGUUCACCGAGAUGGAGCCGGAUGAGCGCAUUGAUCCCAUGGCCCGGGUCUUUCCCAAGGUAACCAAAUGUACCUUCCACAAAUACGGUCCCUCCGGCAAUGUGCAGAAGUUCGAUGGACUGUGCGUGCUGCCCCUGAAUAUUGUCAAUGAGAAGAUCUACGUGUUCCUUUGGUUCUGGUUCAUCAUCCUGAGCAUUCUGUCCGGCAUCUCGCUGAUCUAUCGGAUCGCCGUGGUGGCGGGCCCUAAACUGCGUCACCUGCUGCUCCGCGCCCGCUCCCGUCUUGCCGAGAGCGAGGAGGUGGAACUGGUGGCCAACAAGUGCAACAUCGGUGACUGGUUCCUGCUCUACCAGCUGGGUAAGAACAUCGAUCCGCUCAUCUACAAGGAGGUCAUCGCCGAUCUGUCCCGCGAGAUGGGCGGCGACGAGCACAGCGCCCACAAGCGGCCCUUCGAUGCCUGAGCCGGAGUCCGGAAUCCUGAGCGCAAGCCCGAACCCAAGUGCCAUUUCAUGCAGCCGAAAUUGGGUUAAGACGAUGAUUAGAUGCAGUCGGAAAUUGGGGUAAUCGGAAAUCGGAAAUCUGAGUAGAAGGGGGAAGAAGCCAAGCCGACGUUGUAGAUGAGGCCUUUCGAGCUAAUGACGAGCUAAUGAACACAUAUCAACGAAUUCCAUGGUAAAAAAAAACAACAAGAGGGCCAAAUGCCUCAGCAACCGUUUUGUGUUUACUGUUUUGCAACCAACAACAAGACACGUACAAUUACAAUAACAAUUACAAUUACAACAAUAAACUACAACAACCAUAACAAUAAUAAUAACAAUAACAAUAACAGAUACUAGCCGCAGCCAGAGAGAUGUAAGCUAUAAAGAUGGAUCGCUCGGGAUCAGGGAGAAUCAAUAAAUCAACAAAUCAACAAAUCAACAACUCAACAAAACAACAAUUCAACAAUACAAGAAUUAAGAAUUUCCCGAUCCCUCGAUCCCAAGCCAUGCCAAUCUCGAAGAGCAUUUUGGAACCUUUAAAAGACAGGAGAAAUGACAUUUGUCAAAAUACUAAAUGUACGAGUAUAUAUUAUAUAUUUUUUUGUGCGAGAUAUGAUAGAUCUACUAUAUAUACACAUACACCAACACACACAUCCAUAUAUAUUUUUAGUGAGCAAUUACACACAUAUAUAUAUUUAUACAUAAAUAUACAGACGUACAGAAAGAUAUAUACAUAUAUAUAUUUAUGAAUGCCACAUGCGAGUAAUAUUUAUGCUAAGAGUUGUGAUCAUUGAUUAAGACAUUUAAAGAAACAAGGAAAAAAUGCUAAAAAAAAACCCACAAAAAAAUACAAAAAAAAAAAAAA